UCCCUGCUAGACCCCUGCCCGUAGCACUUGCUUGCUUGCACCCUUACCUUAACCAGCAGGCUAGCUAAACAGAACAAUUCCUACCCACAUUUCAAAACAAGACAGAGCAAUGAGUUAAUUUCUGCCGGAAUAAGGACAUAUUUCUUCGCCGAGACAAGUUCUUAAAGUCCGGCCAUUCCAAUGGUGAUCAUGUCGGGAACAGCCACUGUGCUGCAACAGUUCGUGAGUGGACUAAAGAGUCGCAAUGAGGACACGCGAGCAAAGUCUGCCAAAGAUCUUCAGCACUAUGUUACCACAGAGCUCAGAGAGUUGAGCCAAGAUGAGGCCACCACAUUCUAUGAUGAGUUAAACCACCACAUAUUCGAGCUGGUGUCCAGCUCGGAUGUAAAUGAGAAAAAAGGAGGGAUUCUCGCCAUAGUGAGUCUGAUCGGAGUAGAGGGAGGAAAUGCCACAAGAAUCAGUCGCUUCGCCAACUACCUGCGCAACCUGCUGCCCUCAAGUGACCCCGUUGUCAUGGAGAUGGCCUCCAAGGCCAUGGGUCACCUGUCCAUGGCGGGGGACACCUUCACGGCGGAGUACGUGGAGUUCGAGGUGAAGAGGGCGCUGGAGUGGCUGGGUGCCGAUAGGAACGAAGGGAGACGCCACGCUGCUGUGCUCGUCCUUAGGGAGUUGGCUGUGAGCGCACCCACCUUCUUCUUCCAGCAAGUGCAGCCGUUCUUCGACAACAUAUUCUAUGCGGUUUGGGACCCCAAGCAGGCCAUCCGCGAGGGCGCGGUGUCUGCCCUCAGGGCUAGCCUCAUCCUCACCACCCAGAGGGAAACCAAAGAGAUGCAGAAACCACAGUGGUACAAACAAACGUUUGAGGAAGCAGAAAAGGGGUUUGACGAGACGCUGGCCAAGGAGAAGGGCAUGAACCGUGACGACAGGGUCCACGGGGCCCUCCUCAUCCUCAACGAGCUGGUCCGCAUCAGCAGCAUGGAAGGAGAGCGUAUGCGGGAGGAGAUGGAGGAGAUCGCCCAGCAGCAGGUUGUUCACGACCGCUACUGCAAAGAGCUGAUGGGCUUUGGGACCAAGCCUCGCCACAUCACCCCGUUCACCAGUUUCCAGUCGGUGCAGCCGCAGCAGUCAAACGCCCUGCUGGGGCUGCUGGGCUACAGCACUCCCCAGGGCUUCCUCAGCUUCGGGGCCACGCCCGUGCCUGCUAAGAGCUCCCUGGUGGAGAGCCGCUACUGCCGGGAGCAGAUGGAGGAGCGCUUUGACCAGGUGUGUCGUUGGGUUCUGAAGUACAGGACCAGUAAGAACCCUCUGAUCCAGAUGACCACCCUCAACUUGCUGCCCCGCCUGGCCGCCUUCCAGCCAAACACCUUCACGGACCAGUACCUGUCGGACACCAUGGGCUACCUGCUAGGCUGCCUAAAGAAGGAGAAGGAGCGGACGUUAGCCUUCCAGGCCCUGGGUCUGCUGGUGGUGGCCGUGAGGACGGAGAUCCAGCCCUACCUCACCAGGAUCCUGGAGAUCAUCAAGGCAGCCCUGCCGCCCAAGGACUUUGCCCACAAGAGGCAGAAGAUGAUGCAGGUGGACGCCACAGUGUUCACCUGCAUCAGCAUGCUGUCCAGGGCCAUGGGCCCCAGCAUACAGCAGGACAUCAAGGAGCUUCUGGAGCCCAUGCUGGCUGUGGGCCUCAGCCCCGCCCUCACCGCGGUUCUCUACGACCUGAGUCGUCAGAUCCCUCAGCUGAAGAAGGACAUCCAGGACGGUCUGCUGAAGAUGCUCUCCCUGGUGCUGAUGCACAAGCCCCUGCGCCACCCCGGCAUGCCCAAGGGCCUGGCCCACCAACUGGCCUCGCCCAGCCUCACCAACAUCCCCGAGGCUAGUGAUGUGGGCAGCAUCACCCUGGCUCUCAGAACGCUGGGCAGCUUCGAAUUUGAAGGCCACUCCCUGACCCAGUUCGUCCGCCACUGCGCCGACCACUUUCUGAACAGCGAGCACAAGGAGAUCCGCAUGGAGGCGGCUCGCACCUGCUCACGCCUGCUCACGCCUUCCAUCCACCUGAUCAGCGGCCACGGCCACGUGGUGAGCCAGACUGCCGUGCAGGUGGUGGCCGACGUCCUCAGCAAGCUGCUGGUGGUGGGCAUCACCGACCCAGAUCCUGACAUCCGCUACUGCGUGCUGGCCUCUCUGGACGAGCGCUUCGACGCCCACCUGGCGCAGGCCGAGAACCUGCAGGCGCUGUUUGUGGCUCUGAACGAUGAGGUGUUUGAGAUCCGCGAGCUGGCCAUCUGCACCAUCGGUCGCCUCAGCAGCAUGAACCCUGCCUUCGUCAUGCCCUUCCUCCGCAAGAUGCUCAUCCAGAUCCUGACAGAGCUGGAGCAUAGCGGCGUGGGCAGGAACAAGGAGCAGAGCGCCCGGAUGCUGGGUCACCUGGUGUCCAACGCCCCUCGUCUCAUCCGACCCUACAUGGAGCCCAUUCUGAAGGCUCUGAUUCUGAAGCUGAAAGACACAGACCCCAACCCAGGGGUGGUCAUCAGUGUUCUGGCCACCAUCGGAGAGUUGGCUCAGGUGAGUGGUCUGGAGAUGAGGAAGUGGAUGGAUGAGCUGUUCCCCAUCAUCAUGGACAUGCUUCAGGACUCCUCCUCAUUGGCUAAGAGACAGGUGGCGCUGUGGACCCUCGGCCAACAAGUCGCCAGCACAGGCUAUGUUGUGGACCCCUACCGCAAGUACCCCUCACUCCUUGAGGUGCUGCUGAACUUCCUGAAGACAGAGCAGAACCAGGGAAUCAGGAGAGAGGCCAUCCGCGUGCUGGGCUUGCUGGGAGCCCUAGAUCCUUAUAAGCACAAGGUCAACAUCGGCAUGAUCGACCAGUCAAGAGAUGCCUCUGCUGUCAGCCUGUCAGAGUCCAAGUCGAGUAAUGACUCUGCUGACUACAGCACCAGUGAGAUGCUGGUGAACAUGGGCAACCUCCCCCUGGAUGAGUUCUACCCGGCGGUUGCCAUAGUGACUCUGAUGCGUAUCUUGCGUGACCCCUCGCUGUCCAACCACCACACCAUGGUGGUCCAAGCCGUCACCUUCAUCUUCAAGUCUCUGGGCCUCAAGUGUGUUCAAUUCCUUCCCCAGGUCAUGCCCACUUUCCUCAAUGUCAUCCGGGUGUGCGACACCAGCAUCCGAGAGUUUCUCUUCCAGCAGAUGGGGAUGGUUGUGUCGUUUGUGAAGAUCCACAUCCGGCCCUACAUGGAUGACAUCUUCACCCUCAUCAGAGAGUACUGGACGCCCAACAACCCCAUGCAGAACACCAUCAUCCUGCUGAUCGAGCAGAUCGUGGUCGCCUUGGGGGGCGAGUUCAAGCUCUACCUGCCCCAGCUCAUCCCGCACAUGCUGCGCGUCUUCAUGCAUGACAACAGCACAGGACGCAGUGUCACCAUCAAGCUCCUCAAUGCCAUUCAGCUGUUUGGUGCCAACCUAGAUGACUACCUCCACCUGCUCCUGCCCCCUAUUGUCAAGCUGUUCGACGCCCCGGAUGCACCCCUGCAGGCUCGGAAGGUUGCCUUGGAAACGCUGGACCGGCUGACCGAGUCCCUAGACUUCACGGACUACGCCUCGCGCAUCAUCCACCCCAUCGUGCGUGCGCUGGACAGCACCCCGGAGCUGCGCAUCACCUCCAUGGACACGCUGUCCUCGCUAGUGUUCCAGCUGGGCAAGAAGUACCAGAUCUUCAUCCCCAUGGUGAACAAAGUCAUGUUAAAGCACAGGAUCAAUCACCAGCGCUAUGACGUUCUCAUCUGUCGGAUUGUCAAGGGGUACACGCUUGCGGAAGAGGAAGAGGACUCUCUGAUCUUCCAGCAUCGCCACCUGCGUGGUAACCAAGGCGACACGCUCGUUAGCGGGCCGGUGGAGGCGGGACCUAUGAAGAAGCUCCACGUCAGCACCACUGCUUUGCAGAAGGCAUGGGGCGCGGCCAGGAAGGUAUCCAAGGACGACUGGCUAGAGUGGCUGAGGCGUCUGAGCGUGGUGCUGCUGAAGGAGUCGUCCUCCCCUGCCCUGCGGUCCUGCUGGUCGCUGGCCCAGACCUACAUCCCCCUGGCCCGGGACCUGUUCAAUGCGGCGUUCCUGUCAUGUUGGUCUGAGCUGAGUGAGGACCAGCAGGAUGAGCUGAUCCGCAGCAUCGAGUUGGCCCUCACCUCACAGGACAUAGCCGAGGUCACUCAGACUCUGCUCAACCUCGCCGAGUUUAUGGAGCACAGCGACAAGGGCCCUCUACCCCUGAGAGACGACAACGGCAUAGUGUUGUUGGGGGAAAGAGCUGCUAAAUGCCGAGCUUAUGCCAAGGCCCUGCACUACAAAGAGUUGGAGUUCCAGAAAGGUCCAUCUCCCCAGAUCUUGGAAUCUCUUAUCAGCAUCAAUAACAAACUGCAGCAGCCAGAGGCAGCGUCUGGGGUUCUGGAAUACGCCAUGAAACACUUUGGCGAGCUGGAAAUCCAAGCCACCUGGUACGAGAAGCUGCAUGACUGGGAGGACGCCCUGGUGGCGUAUGACAAGAAGAUCGACAUGAACAAGGACGAGGACCCCGAGCUCAUCCUGGGCCGCAUGCGCUGCCUGGAGGCUUUGGGAGAAUGGGGCCAGCUGCACCAGCAGUGCUGUGAGGAAUGGACCCUGGUGACUGAGGACACCCAGGCUAAGAUGGCUCGCAUGGCCGCAGCUGCAGCCUGGGGCCUGGGCCACUGGGACAGCAUGGAGGAGUACACCUGUAUGAUCCCCAGGGACACCCACGAUGGGGCCUUCUACAGAGCAGUUCUCGCCCUGCAUCAAGACCUCUUCUCAUUGGCCCAGCAGUGUAUCGACAAGGCCAGAGACCUGCUGGAUGCUGAGCUGACGGCCAUGGCUGGAGAGAGCUACAGUCGAGCCUAUGGGGCCAUGGUGUCAUGCCAGAUGCUGUCAGAGCUGGAGGAGGUGAUUCAGUACAAGCUGGUCCCAGAGAGGAGGGACAUCAUCCGAGAGACCUGGUGGGAGAGGCUGCAGGGUUGCCAGCGCGUGGUGGAAGACUGGCAGAAGAUCCUGAUGGUGCGCUCCCUGGUCAUUAACCCCCACGAGGACAUGAGGACCUGGCUGAAGUACGCCAGCCUCUGUGGCAAGAGUGGACGCCUGGCCCUGGCACACAAGACCCUGGUGCUGCUCCUGGGAGUGGACCCUUCCAAGCAGCUGGACCACCCGCUGCCCACGGCCCACCCCCACGUCACCUACGCCUACAUGAAGUACAUGUGGAAGAGCACCCGCAAGAUCGAUGCGUUCCAGCACAUGCAGCACUUUGUGCAGGGCAUGCAGCAGCAGGCCCAGCAUGCCAUUGCUGCAGAGGACCAGCAGCACAAGCAGGAGCUGCACAAACUCAUGGCCAGGUGCUUCCUGAAACUGGGAGAGUGGCAGCUGAGUCUGCAGGGCAUCAACGAGAGCACCAUCCCCAAGGUGCUGCAGUACUACAGCCACUCCACCGAGCAUGACCGCAACUGGUACAAGGCCUGGCACGCUUGGGCGGUGAUGAACUUUGAGGCGGUGCUCCACUACAAGCACCAGAACCAGGGCCGCGACGACAAGAAGAAGCAGCGCCACGCCAGUGGGACCAGUGCCACCAGCGAGGCGUCCAACAGCGACAGCGAGGUGGACAGCACCGAUCACAGCCCUGUGCCCUCACCCGGGCAGAAAAAAGCCAGCGAGGACCUGUCUAAGACCCUGCUGAUGUACACGGUGCCUGCCGUCCAAGGCUUCUUCCGGUCCAUCUCCCUGUCCCGAGGGAACAACCUGCAGGACACCCUCAGGGUUCUGACUCUGUGGUUUGAUUACGGGCACUGGCCCGAGGUGAACGAGGCACUGGUGGAGGGCAUCAAGACCAUCCAGAUAGACACCUGGCUGCAGGUGAUCCCUCAGCUGAUCGCUCGGAUUGACACGCCCCGCGCCCUGGUGGGCCGUCUCAUCCACCAGCUGCUCACCGACAUUGGACGCUACCACCCCCAGGCUCUGAUCUAUCCUCUGACCGUGGCGUCCAAGUCCACCACCACCGCCCGGCACAACGCUGCCAACAAGAUCCUCAAGAACAUGUGUGAGCACUGCAACGCUCUGGUGCAGCAGGCCAUCAUGGUGAGCGAGGAGCUGAUCCGCGUGGCCAUCCUGUGGCACGAGAUGUGGCACGAGGGCCUGGAGGAAGCCUCCCGCCUCUACUUCGGGGAGAGGAACGUGAAGGGCAUGUUCGCUGUGUUAGAGCCCCUCCAUGCCAUGAUGGAGAGAGGGCCGCAGACGCUCAAGGAGACCUCCUUCAACCAGACGUACGGGCGGGACCUGAUGGAGGCCCAGGACUGGUGCAGGAAGUACAUGCGUUCUGGUAACGUGAAGGACCUGACGCAGGCCUGGGACCUGUACUACCACGUCUUCAGACGCAUCUCCAAGCAGCUGCCACAGCUGACGUCUCUGGAGCUGCAGUACGUGUCUCCUAAGCUGCUGAUGUGUAGAGACCUGGAGCUGGCCGUGCCCGGCACCUACGACCCCAACCAGCCCAUCAUCCGCAUCCAGUCCAUUGCCCCCUCGCUGCAGGUCAUCACCUCCAAACAGCGGCCUCGCAAGCUCACCAUCAUGGGCAGUAACGGGCACGAGUUCAUGUUCCUGCUGAAGGGUCACGAGGACCUGAGGCAGGAUGAGAGGGUGAUGCAGCUGUUCGGUCUGGUCAACACCCUGCUGGCCAACGACCCUGCUUCCCUACGCAAGAACCUCAGCAUCCAGAGGUACGCAGUGAUUCCUCUCUCCACAAACUCUGGUCUGAUUGGCUGGGUGCCUCACUGUGACACGCUCCACGCCCUCAUCAGAGACUACCGGGAGAAGAAGAAGAUCCUGCUCAACAUAGAGCACCGCAUCAUGCUCCGGAUGGCUCCAGACUACGACCACCUGACACUGAUGGAGAAGGUGGAGGUGUUUGAACAUGCGGUCAACAACACCGCAGGAGACGACCUGGCCAGGCUACUGUGGCUGAAGAGCCCCAGUUCUGAGGUGUGGUUUGACAGGAGGACCAAUUACACGCGCUCCCUGGCUGUGAUGUCAAUGGUGGGCUACAUUCUGGGAUUGGGUGACAGACAUCCAUCUAAUCUGAUGUUGGAUCGACUGAGUGGCAAAAUCCUCCACAUUGACUUUGGGGACUGCUUUGAGGUGGCCAUGACCAGAGAGAAGUUCCCUGAGAAGAUCCCCUUCAGACUGACCAGGAUGCUGACCAACGCCAUGGAGGUGACGGGUCUGGACGGUAACUACCGGAUCACGUGUCACACGGUGAUGGAGGUGCUCAGGGAACACAGGGACAGCGUGAUGGCCGUCCUGGAGGCCUUCGUCUACGACCCGCUACUCAACUGGAGGCUGAUGGACAUCGCUAAAGCGAACACCAAGGGAAACAAGCGCUCCAGGACCAGGACAGACUCCUACACUGCUGGACAGUCCGUCGAAGCCCUGGAUGGGAUCGACCUGGGAGAGGCCACGCUCAAGAAACCAGGAACCACCGUGCCCGAAUCCAUCCACUCCUUCAUUGGAGACGGCCUUGUGCAGCCCGAAGCCCUCAACAAGAAGGCCAUCCAGAUCAUCAACCGGGUCCGAGACAAACUCACCGGGCGAGACUUCUCACACGAUGAGACCCUGGACGUUCCCACGCAGGUGGAGCUUCUGAUCAAGCAGGCCACCUCUCACGAGAACUUGUGUCAGUGCUACAUCGGAUGGUGUCCGUUCUGGUAGAGAAGCUUUGAUGGAGGUCCAGCUCAUGAUCACACUUCCUAAUACAGGAGCUUGGGCACGUAGUCCUGCUAUGAAAGCACCCAGUGGCUAUACUGGUACUGUAUGGUUCUGGACAGCAGAGGAGAGGAGAGGGAUCCUAUCGUGCUGUUGUAGAAGAAACCAUUGCAUCGAGGGUUGGGUUUCUCAGUCAAGUUUUUUCUUUAUUUUUUAUUUUUUUUUAGAUGGGAGAGGAAGUGACGGAGGGGGGGGGGGGUGGGAAGAGGGUGUAUGUUGAGUACAAAAGCUUGGAUUUUAUCAAACAAAUUUGGUGUGAAUAAUGAUAUGAGGACCAGUUUCCCAGUAAUUGCUCCACCAAGCGUCCACACAUCGUUUGUCAUCAAGCUGCUUGGCAGUCCUGUGAGCUCCUCUGCCUCGCUGGCUUCAGACGCAACAGCCUGGGAGAGAGGGACGUGCCACCUUGAUUUUUAAUGCCGUUGUCUUUUGCUUCAGCUUUCUACAGCUGCCAUACUAAUGACAAGUGAAGACGGGCCGUUUCCUACUUGUUGCACACUGUAUGUACGCUUCAUAGAGGCCACUAGUGUUUAGGGGUGUAUUACUGUGACACUUUGAAUAACAGGCUGUGUGCUUUUUUACUAACUUAAGCAUUAUUGGAGGAUGUCGGUGACUGGAAGUGAACGACCAGAGGGGUAUUCGAUUCGAAACGUUGAUAAGUAACGGCAUUUGAAUUGCCAAUAAAACUGUGUAAAGAUCUCUGGCUGCUUGUUUUGUGUACGGUGCCUGCACAGUACAGUUCGUUUUGGUGUGUGUGUGUGUGUGUGUUUACUGGAGCAGGUGUUCCUGACUUGUCGGUUUCUAAAAUGGGCACCAAGACAUGUGCUGUUUCCAACACAAAGAAGAGGUGAGGUGA